UCAAUUUUUGUCAUACGUUCAAGUAGCAUCAAUUCUUUUUUUUUGGUCAGUUCUUUUUGUUACACUUUGUAUAUCUAUGUGCCCAUCAGUCAUCUCAUGGCUUAAGAUAGUACUAUCUUAAAUCGUGAUCAUAUCAGUAACAAAUUAUUACGAUAUUAUCGGUUACCGUAGUAUCAAUAUUGUUUAAAAUAUGUUUCAAAAUGCAAAAAACGCAUACAGAAUUACUGUUAUUUAUGAUUUAUAACUAUUUAUUAUUACUAUUUAUUCUAAUCUCUAUUUAUCUCUAUUAAUGAAUUUAAACUAUUUGAUUAUCAUUUCUAUUCAAUACUCAAUACUUAUAUAUUCUAAUUUUAAAAUCUAAAGACUAAAGUCAAAUGUCAGUACUUACUCAAUUCUCAUUGCUUAUUACUCAGAAGUAUCUAUAUAUCAAUAUUUCAUUACGAAACUAAUAAGUAUUGAAUAAAUAUUUAUUGUGGAUAAUGUUUAAGAGUAAAAUGACGAAUAAUUUUUAAAUGUUUUAUUUAUUAUCCCAAAUACUUCAAAAAAAAUUAUAAUAAAAAAUUGCCGUUAUAUAAUUUGUUUAUAAGUUAUCAUUCAUAAAUAAGGACGAUAAGAUGGAAAAUCAAAAAAGUCAAGAACUUAAACAAAGUUUAAGGGCUAAAAGCCCUACAAUUAAAUCAGCUUUAUUGGAUUGUAGUGUACUAUCUAUUCCAAAUCCUCUUGACUUAAAUCCAAUAAUAAAGGAAAAUCAAGAAACAGAAGUCCUAACACUGUCAACUCCAUCUGUUCAUCCACCAAACAAUUUAAGACAUUUGAGUUUAUUUAGUAAUUUACAAUCAACACCAAAUACUCGACAAUUUAACAAACCAGAAAUGGAUUCAAGAAUAAUAAUGAACCUCAGUCCAAUAAUGUCUACGUCAUCUUUAAAAACAAAUUUAUAUAAUCAUAAAGAUAUUUUUCAACAUAAAUCACAUGCAGAAAUUGAUUUUUCAUUGAAUCCAUUAAAAUACCGGAAUUCAUCAAAUCUUUGUAAAAAACAUGAAUUAAACAAAUGGAAAACAAACAAAACUUUAAUUGGACCAUCUCAUAAAAGUAUUAUUAUUGAUUCUCCAAUUGUACCAGAUAAUACGAGAAGAACAAAUGAAGAUAAUGUGAAUGAAAAAGCUAAAAGAUGCUUAUUUGAAAAAGAAAAGGCAAUUAGUAUGUCUAAUUUGGAAACAGAUCAAGAUUCGCUUAACAUUUCUUUGGAUAUAUUAGAACAAGUGUGUCAAAUGUCAGAAAUUUUGGAUGAUAGUUUAACUGAAGAAAUAAAAAUAAGUGUUGAUACUGAUAAAAAGGGAAAAAAAUUAGCUUCUUUUCUUUACGGCAAUAGCACCACUAAACUUGAUGACACGGAAGAAGAAAACAAAUUAUUACAAUUGGCACUAAGUAUGGAAGACAAUGUAUUAACUGAAUCUAAAUUAAAGAAUAAAUUAUAUUUUGAAGGAGAAUUUACUUCUUUAAAUCAACUUAAAAAUAAGGAAACUAACUUAUCUAAAAAUGACAGUGAACAAUCUAAAAGUAGUAGGUUGAACACAUGUAUAAGUGAUUCCAAAUGUAACUUUUUAGAUCACGAAGAAAUGAAUCCUAUUGGAAAUACACAAAUGUGUGAAAUAGCUGAUAUAACAGAACCAUUAGAAUCAUUUGAUGAUCAUUGGACACAACAAUAUACUAGUAAUGCAUCUAAUUUAAGCAAUAAACCAAAAAAUAAUAAUUUGAAUAAAAAUGUUGAUGCAGUGAUGAGCACACCAAUAGAUUUUAUUGAUCAUAAAGUGAAUAUAAUAAAAAGUAAUCAAUUAAAAGACAAUUCAAAUGAAAGAUUAAAAAUAUUUCAAUUAAUCGCAAGAGAUGAACUGUAUGAAUCUCCAAUAAUGACUCAGGAUGAUACCUUAACAAAUGAAUAUAUGUAUAAAGGUUUCUCUACUGCUGGAGGUAAAUCCAUUUUAAUAUCAGAUAAGGCUGUGCAAAAAGUUCAAACAAUUUUAAAAGAUGAACUAAAUGAAUCCUCAAUAAUUAUUAAACAGAAUAUUGUCUCAAAUCCUAAUAAACAUGAAGGUUUCUCAACUGCAGGCGGUAACACUAUUAAAGUAUCAGAUGAGGCCAUACAACAAGUUCAAAUAAUGUUAAAAGAUGAAUUGAAUGAAUUUUCAACUGUUACUCAGGACAAUAUCGUUGUAAAUCCUAAUAUAUGUAAAGGUUUUGCAACUGCAGGAGGUAAACCUAUCAAAGUAUCAGAUGUGGCUUUAAAAAAAGUUCAAACAAUAUUACAAGAUGAACUGAAUGAAUCUUCAAACAUUACUCAGGACAAUAUCGUUAAAAAUCCUAAUAUAUGUAAAGGUUUUGCAACUGCAGGAGGUAAACCUAUCAAAGUAUCAGAUAUGGCUUUAAAAAAAGUUCAAACAAUAUUAAAAGAUGAACUGAAUGAAUCUUCAAACAUUACUCAGGACAAUAUCGUUAUAAAUCCUAAUAUAUGUAAAGGUUUUGCAACUGCAGGAGGUAAACCUAUCAAAGUAUCAGAUGUGGCUUUAAAAAAAGUUCAAACAAUAUUAAAAGAUGAACUGAAUGAAUCUUCAAACAUUACUCAGGACAAUAUUGUUAUAAAUCCUAAUAAAUUAUGCAAAGGCUUCUCUACUGCUAGAGGUAAAUCCAUUAAAAUAUCAGAUAAGUCCUUACAAAAAGUUCAAACACUGUUAAAAGAUGAACUAAAUGUAUCCUCAAUUAUUACUAAACAGAAUAUUGUCUCAAACCCUAAUAAACAUGAAGGUUUCUCAACUGCAGGUGGUAAAACUAUUAAAGUAUCAGAUGAGGCCAUACAACAAGUUCAAAUAAUGUUAAAAGAUGAACUGAAUAAAUCAUUGAACAUUACUCAGGACAAUAUUGUUAUAAAUCCUAAUAAAUUAUGUAAAGGCUUCUCUACUGCUGGAGGUAAAUCUAUUAAAGUAUCAGAUGUGGCUUUAAAAAAAGUUCAAACAGUAUUAAAAGAUGAAUUGAAUGAAGUUUCGACUGUUACUCAGGACAAUAUUGUUAUAAAUCCUAAUAAAUUAUGCAAAGGCUUCUCUACUGCUAGAGGUAAAUCUAUUAAAAUAUCAGAUAAGUCCUUACAAAAAGUUCAAACAAUGUUAAAAGAUGAACUAAAUGAAUCCUCAGUAAUUACUAAACAGAAUAUUGUCCCAAACCCUAAUAAACAUGAAGGUUUUUCAACUGCAGGUGGUAAAACUAUUAGAGUAUCAGAUAAGGCCAUAAAACAAGUUCAAACAAUGUUAAAAGAUGAAUUGAAUGAAGUUUCAACUGUUACUCAGGACAAUAUUGUUAUAAAUCCUAAUCUAUGUAAAGGUUUUGCAACUGCAAAAGGUAAAUCUAUCAAAGUAUCAGAUGUGGCUUUAAAAAAAGUUCAAACAAUAUUAAAUGAUGAAUAUUCAUCAUCAGUUACCAAGGACAAAACUAAUUCAAAGUCUAACAUUUGUAAUCAAUUUUUGAAUGGUGGAGAUAAAUCUAUUAAAGAAUCAGAUAACUCAUUAAAAAAUAAUCAACUAACAUUUAAAAAUGAUACACAAUUAUUUGAUAGUUCACUGGAAACAAUGACCAUUUCAAGUGUAUGCAGUAGUUCUAACAAAGGCUCAAAAUUAACUAAUGACCUAAAAACAAAAUCAAACUGUUUUGAAAUUUUAAAACAAGUGGAAGAAAAUAUAUUCGAAGAUGAUUUGUCUUUGAUUAACACAGUUGAAAAGUUUGAAAGAGAUCAAAUUAUUUGUAAGCCAGUACUAAGAAAUAAACGUCCAGGAAGCCCUAUAAAUACACAAAAAAUAAAUUAUAAAAUUAAAAAAACAGUACAUAAUGAUGGAUGGGAAAUUGAUGAUUUAAAUACUUCAUUUAGUGUUUACUUAUCAAACAAAUUGAAUGGCCCCAAAGUAUCAUUACCAGAAGUUGUUGAUUGGGUCUUACCAAAAGUAUUUUCUAUAAAACAGUUUCCUGAGAAUGGUGUAGCAAAAGAAUUAAUCAAAUUGAAUGUUGAUAAUGCUAUACAGUUGAAGUUGUAUUGGGAAAAAAAUUAUAAAUCAUCUGGUGGUCAUAAAAAUAAAAUGUACAAUUUUCAAGAUUUAAAAUACUUAUUUUUAUCACACAAUUUUGUUGAUGGCAAACUUAUUCCUAAAGGAUGGAUAGAAAACCAUUUUCGUUUUAUAGUAUGGAAAUUAGCUGCUACUGAAAUUUGUUUUCCUGAUCAUUUUGGAAACAAAUUAUUAACUGCAAAAAACAUUAUUCAUCAACUAUUAUAUAGAUACUAUAGAGAAAUAGAAAAAUGCCAAAGAUCUGCAUUAAAAAAGAUACUCGAAAAAGAUGAAACUACAUCAAAAAGGAUAAUUUUAUGUGUUUCAAAAGUUAAUAAAACAGAUUUAGCUGAAACUUUUACUAUUGAACUAACUGAUGGCUGGUAUAGUGUUCAAGGAAUUAUUGAUUAUGAGAUGAAUAUGCUUUUACAUAAAGGCAUUAUAAAAGUUGGUACUAAACUUAUAAUAUAUAAUGCAGAACUUAUUGGUGCUGGAGAAGGAAUUGAUCCAUUAGAUGUUCACAAUAGUGUAAAGCUUAAAAUAUCAACAAACAGUACACGAAGAGUACGCUGGUAUGCCAAAUUAGGAUUCUACAAAAACUCUACAUUACCUAUACCUAUUACUUUAGAAUCAGUUCUACCACACGGCGGAAUAAUAGGAUCUCUUUCACUUGUAAUACUUAGAAAAUACCCUAUAAUGUUUCUUGAAAAGAAAACAAAUUCAAAAUCUAUUUUUAGGAAUGAGAAAAUGGAAACUAUUGAAGCAGAAAAGUAUAAAGCAUACCAACAAAAGUCAUUAGAAAUAAUUUCAAAUAAGAUAAAAACUGAAUUGAUUGCUGAAAUGGCUUCCAAAACUAAAGUGUCAAAAAAAUACUUUUCGUGUAUGAAAAAAGAAAAUUUAGAUAAAUUAAAUUUAGAUGAACUGAGCAAUAUAAUAGAUAAUUCCACUGAUCCUUUGGAAAUCCAAUCAUUGCUCAGUCAAGAAAAAUUGGAAGCUCUUAAAGAUUUUAAAAAUUCAGAGCAAGAAAGAUUCUAUAAUGAACUUCAAAAUAGGGUCAAUAGAGUGUUUAAUGAUCAAUUUAAAGAUUCUCGUAAAGUUAUACCUAUGAUAAAGUUACGUGUGGUUGAUGAAAAAUAUGUUUCUACUGGUUUUAAAGCUGCUUUACUUACAAUUUGGAAUCCGUCACAAGAUGUCACUGAAAUCUUGAAUAAAUCUACUGAAGGUCAAUGUUGUACACUUCACCAUAUUACUACUAAUGGGUUUAUGAAUGGUGAACUUCAAUUAUCAGCUAACAAAAAUACUCGCUUUGAUUUUAAAGGGUAUAAAAAUGAAUAUGUCAAACGUGAUGUAGUAAGCUUUAAAAGUAUUUGUUCCGGUACAUUUUUACCAUUGUUUGGUGAAAUAGAUUUAGUUGGUAUUGUAGUAUCAGAUGUUAAUAAAAAUAAUGCGUAUAAUGAAAUCUAUGUAUCAGACAAAGAAAUGAAUAUAAUCAGUAUUUUGUUCCGAGGAAAUAUUAAGGAAUAUGGAUAUGAUGACAUGAUGUACCCGGGUAGUAUAAUAUCAGGGAUUAAUAUUCAAUUUAAAGGAUUUAAUCAAAUAUCUCCAAUACCUAAGUUGUAUAAUACAGAGCAAUCUUUAUUUACAACAAUUCCUAAGACUGAAUAUAUUUUAAAUAUUUUUAAUGAUUAUAAAAUGUUUAUGAAAAAACAUGAAAAUCAAAAUUUUCUGAUAUGCUGCCAAACUAAACUUAGUGAAAUUUGUAAUAGACAUGGAGAAACAGCGACAAUAAAUAAUGAACAAUGUUUAAACAAAUCAAGAAAUGCAUUGCAUAAGUCAUAUAGUGAAUUACCCGUCGCCGUGGUAAGAACUUCUAGUACAUCUCAAUCUGAAUUUUCUCCAGCUCAAAAACGAAUAAAAAUGUUAAAUGCUUUUGGAAAAACACCACCGUUAAAUAUUGUUCACACUAAACCACCAGAUAAAAAAUUGAUGGGUCAAUUCAAAACACCAACCCGGUUGUAGAAAUUUAUAAAUGAAGAUAUUUCAUAAGUUCAACUAUUAAUUCAAGUUAUAAUAGUUGGUAUGAUAACUAUUUUGUUUAAAAGUAGGAAUAUAAUGAAAUUAUUAUUUGUAGUCAUAACUAUACUAUAUAUUUUAUGUUAAUUAAAAUUGUGUUAUUCAAAAAUUGAAUUCUUAAAACAAA